AUGCUCAGUCGAAUUUGUAGAAAUAUAGCGAGAAACUCUUCGGUUUUUACUCAAAAUCUGUCACAUGAAAUUAGUCGAAAUGGUUCCAUGCCUACAACAGCCAUUCUUGUUCAGGCAACGAAUGAAUCUCUACGAAAUGAAACAGAGCAAAAAUGGUUACAAAAUACAUAUCCCGGUUAUCUCUUCAAAUCAAAAGCAAUGGUAACCGACAACGGAAGUUAUUAUGAUCGAAUAACUAUUCAAACAAUAAAUAGACACGAGCAAACAGUUUAUUUUGAUAUCACACAAAAUUUUCAAGUUCCAUUGUUAGAUUUACAACAUUUGUCCAAUGACGAACAGAAAUAA